CUCCGUUUGUAAUUGUCCCUAGUUUGAUUCGAGAUCGAGACAAGGCAAAGCGUGGGAGGGAGCUAGCGAAAAGCGCUAUGGUGGUUGCGCAGGCGAUGAAGCGGAUUCCACGUAUCAAAUUCCCACAAAGGCAUCCCAAGCCCUCAUCAGGAUAUGCUGCAGCCUCACCAUCCGAGCAGAAGAAUUUAUUCAAAUUCGGUUCUCCUCCUACUCAACCAACACCUGCAUCAGAUGGUGGGGCUCGUGGCUAUAGAUUUCGUUCAGAUGUGCCAGCUCCUCCUACCAAUUCUGCUUUAGGAGGAAAGGCUUCACUUUUACCAAAGCGUGCACCAGUCUCAAAGGAAGAGAUUGAAGCUAUAUUGUUGGGUGGCUGUUUCUGAUUUACUCCCGUUUCUUAUGGACAUGCGAACGUUGGCUUACCCAUCUCUGGAUUAGAAAUAACUGAUAUUUUUGCUCCUUGAGGACGAUUAUUAUAAAAUUCAUGUUGGAAUGUUUGAGAACCAAGAAUGCAUUCAAUCGGUCAAAGAUUUCUUUUCCAAAUGGAAGUAUUAUUUUGGAACCCAGCAUUUAAUAAGCAGCAUUUUAAUGCUUUUACGCAAUUUUCAGGCAAAUAUUUACUCUC